GCGCCCCAAUCCACCAGCGUGGCUCCCAGUCCUCGCUCGGUCGCACCGAGUCCCCACCGAGCUCCUCAAACGCUACCCGAACGCGUGCUCCAGCGCUUAGUCGCCCGCCCAGGAUCCGUCUCGGGCCUCUCGCCUCCCUGAAACGCUUUCAAACGCGCGUGAGACUCGCCGUUUCGGUUCCGAAUCUCCGUUUUCACAAUUCUAAAACGGUUCUAAAACGCGUGUGUGAGACAUUUCUGAAUCUCCAUUUCUCACCUUUUUAAAACGGUUCUAAAACGCGUGUGUGAAACAUUUCCGAAUCUCCAUUUCUCACCUUUUUAAAACGCUUCUAAUGUGCGUGUGAAACUUUACGUUUCGGUUCUGAAUCCACUCUCUCACCUUUCUAAAACGGUUCUAAUGUGUGUGUGAAACUUUACGUUUCGGUUCUGAAUCCACUCUCUCACCUUUCUGAAACGGUUUUAAUGUGUGUGUGAAACUUUACGUUUCGGUUCUGAAUCCACUCUCUCACCUUUCUGAAACGGUUCUAAUGUGUGUGUGAAACUUUACGUUUCGGUUCUGAAUCCACUCUCUCACCUUUCUGAAACGGUUCCAAUGUGUGUGUGGAACUUUACGUUUCGGUUCUGAAUCCACCCUCUCACCUUUCCCAAACGGUUCUAAACUCUAGUGUGGGAUUCUGGUUCGGAAACUCAAUUAUCGCAAUUUUAAAACGGUUCUCAAUGCUUGUGUGAAACUCUCCGUUUUCAUCGUUCCAAAACGGUUCUAAUCGCGUGCGAAACUCACCGUCUCGGCUUCGAGUUUCUAUUCCACCCGUUUCGAAAUGGUUCCAAACUCGUGUGUUCAAUUUUCCGUCUAGAAUAUCAAUUCUCACCGUUUUGAAACGGUUCUAAACGCGCGCGUGGAAUCUUCUCUCUCGCCGUUCUAAAACGGUUCUAAAGUGUGCGCUCGCCCUGUGACCCAUUCCAACUGGCAGGACUCCCCACGCUUUCGAUACCAGAAAUAUCUUUGUCGCGAGUGUGAAUUCCUGUCACUUUGUAUCUCGGCUCUACGCCCGCAAAAAGGUCCCAAGCGCGCGUGGUUCAAGGUCUAGACCACGAUUCUCAAUCGGUUCAAACUGGACCCUAAUUCUUCAGGAACGUCGGUUUGCUGAGUGUCUUCGUGAGUCUAACGGCUCCACAAAUGUGUUAAGGAAGAAUCUUUAAUGGUGCCCCGUUAUUUUCUCACCGUUCGCUGACACAAGCUUUUUUUUUGCGAGUUGUUAGUCGCGAAUGAUAAAGUUAAUCGUAUGAUGUACGAUGGUAAAAGUUCUUUUCUCACUCUUCUCGUGUGACUGUCCCCACAGCAUUGUACCUCGGCAGAUGGAAAAUAUGACUAAUUUCCAGUGAGAUUCGGAUAAAAAUUGGGAUCCAACGAAGGUGAUGCGUUGCCAACUGCGCUCGAUAGCGAUAGUGCGCUUUUUUAUCUGAAGUGAGGAAGUAAACAAAAUUACGGUCCAACGCUCGAGUGUGCGAGCUGUUUACAAGUGAUUCGAUCGCUUUUACGGUCGUGCCCGUGCCCGUGCGGCAGUCCCACUUCAGAGCCCGUCGUUAAAAUUUGACUCGGUCAAUAAGGCGCGCGCCCCGCGGAAAUGGCCCCGAGUUUUCAGUCAAUUGACCCCCCCUCCGAGUCGAAUUCGUAUCGCAGAGUCGUUAAACCCGGUGUUUAAGAACUGAGCUAGCCGUGUGCUAUCGAUUAAGGUCCCUUCCCGACAGAACGGUUCUGUUUACUUCCGGAAAAUCGAUAAAUAAUCCGAGAAAUAACCAGGUAACGGCUUUAUUUGAACUUUCCUGGAAUCGGGACAAUUUUCGGGGUUAACGUGAAGUUUUGACCGGAUUUUUUCUCUGACUCUUUUUUUUGGUUUUCUCUCUUUUUUCGUGCGCUUCGAUCGGAGCGGGUUCUCCGGAAGUGUCUCGUGUGUUGUGCGCGUUCCGAGCGAGACGAUGGGUUGCGAACUGGGGAAACUGGCGUUCGUAAAUCGGCAGGGGAGCGAGGGGGCCGACAAUUUGAACGAGGCACCCCCCGCCCCCGCACCCCCGGACCCCAGGCUCCCUUUGACCGCUAAGCAGAAGUACAGCAUGUUGGCCUCAUGGAAAGGGAUCUCCCGAGCGAUGGAGCCCACAGGGAUCUACAUGUUCAUAAGGCUGUUCGAGGAGCACAAGGAGCUGUUGGAGCUGUUUACGCGGUUCAAGGAGCUGCGAACGCGGGAGGCACAACAGAACAGCAUGGAGCUGGCUGAGCACGCUACCAAAGUCAUGACCACCCUCGACGAGGGCAUCAAGGAGCUAGACAACCUUGACAGUUUCUUCCAGUACCUGACACAAGUUGGUGCCUCCCACAAAAAGAUCCCCGGCUUCAAGCCAGAGUAUUUUUGGAAAAUUGAGAAGCCAUUCCUAGAGGCAGUGAAAAUGACGCUAGGCGACAGGUACACGGAAAACGUGGAGAACAUUUAUCAAAUAACAAUUAAGCUCAUCAUCGAAACCCUGGUCAAAGGGUACGGCACGUGAGGUGAAAGCAGUGGUCCAACGGAGCACUAAACUGAUCGGACGCACAGUGGCUGGUUCCUGAGGGCCCGGUCGUGCAGUGUCCCGUCGGUGCAUCACGCUUCCACCAGGCAUCACGCUUCCAGGCCCCGCACGCUCAUCGACCAACGCAGCGUCGCAUCAUUCAGCGUUGGGCACCGUCCGUCGCCCCGAACUCACCGAUGACGUCAGCUCCAGGACUUCGCUCCUGGCGUCAAUUGGCCAAUUGUAAAGUUUUCUCGUUAGAUAGAUUUAUAGUUUCUGUGGAUAAGAUUUCCAGGGUUCGCGAAGUAAUCCGAAUCGAAUCGGAGGCGGAUCCGGCAAUUUGGCAACGCCGGAAUCCCUCCAUUAAAUCCUAUGUUAAAUUAUCGAUUCCUGUCAGAGCACCUGGCCCCCCCAAGAAUUGAUACAUUUCCAUAGGUUUAAAUGGAGAAAAACAAUGUUGCCAAUUUGCUGGAUCCGCCAUUGAAUCGAAUCGCCGUUGGCUCGAUGUCAAUUUAUUAAUGAUCAUAAGUCAAAUUUACACGGUAUGAGCAUUUCUAGAGUACCUACUAUCUAUGGAGGUACCCACUACCUACAUCAUCGCAAUGUCUGUGCCGUUUUCUGAUUGGUUCAGUUGCAGACCUUUUAUGGGGCCCAAUAGUUCUCACUCUUAAAAGACAAAAGGUUAGUUUUUUAUAAUUAAAACAUAAUUUUCUUUGAUUUGAAGACAAAUUGUUGAGAUUAAAAAAAGAUCGGAGAAAUAAAUGAUACUAACAGGAAAAGCGUAAUUAUCCAGCAGAAAUUAUCAUAUUUAUUUGAUAAAAACUCAUCUCAAAAGUUGGAGAUAAAAAAUUUUCUGUACAUUGAACUCCGUCUGAACCGAUCAUCAUAGGGCAAGAAGUUUAGCGAUGGUUUUUUGUUACUUUACCAAUAAAUUAUUAAAAAGAUUUUAUGCGAAGCUGCAUGCAUGCGUUAGUUUGUUCUGUGAAGAGUAGAAAAUAGGGACGAUUUUUAAAAUACCAAAUCGUAUACAGACAUGCGUUUCUCUUUUUUCAUUACUGGUGUUAAAAAAAUUUGCGGGUCACUUAUUUAAACUUUAUCGAAUGAUCUUGAUCGAUAAAUAGUAUUGCUGUGAUAGAAACAUAUCGACCGAGCUCAUUUAAUACUGAUUCAACAAUCCAAGUGCUGUGCCACCCAGUGGCGCGGCGUGCUGUACGAUAUAUCGAUUAAUCUGCCAUUUAAACCUAUGGAAGAAGAUCGAUAAAUAGGUAUACUAAUCGAUUCUUCACCAUACUUUCAAAUUGGGAAACAUCGAUAAUUGACCUUUGGACCUUUGGACUAACAUUUGCAUGACUCCCUUCACAGGAUAACGGGACAAAAUUCUCCGAUAUGAUACAUGCAUGUAGCAGGAAUAAUUUCCACGUACUGACCACACACUUUUUCGUUGCAGAUAAGUCGUAAAAUAUCUAGGUAUGAAUGUAUUUUUAUAGUAAAUGUUGCACUUUCCAAGGUAAAGUCUUACAGACUAAUGUUUUUAAUGCAGAUUUUUCAAGGGACACUCCAAGUCCAACAUUUCCUCCGUCAUCCGCACAAAAACCUAUCCUUUUCUACCAAUUUAUUACCUUACAGAGCCGUUGGUAGAGGAAUUAAGGACAACACCCUCCCAAGUAGAUAUUUUUAGUAAAAUACAAACGCAUACCUCUUAAUGACAAAACAAAAAACUUUGUCAAUUUGGAACCAGCCUCCUGCAAAAAAAUUGCCCCCUCCCCUCCCGGCAGUAUUCAAUUUUAUUGAAACCAGUAAAUUUUCCGAGCUUUUUUUGUCAUCUUUUUAAAAUGUUCAUGCAAACAGUCUCAAAUCUGAAAAUUUUCCCUUAGUUUUUAGUCUGACGUUUCAAUCGGAAGGAAAAAUUUAGUAGGCCUCAUCUGUGUAUAAUCUCGAACUGGUGUUAGCAGGAAUUUGUUAGAUGAGUACACAACGCCAAGGUGCUGUGAAAGACACUUAUUAGAUUAGAGCCGAAGCGUCCCAAUCUUUACGAUCAUUAUCAAGGCUAAAAGUAUACUACAUCAUUCAAGUGCAACAUACGAGCACAGGGCUUAAAGGAAAGGAAGAAACAACUUCUCUUUUUUUAGGCUUCAGCUGUAUUUUUUUCUAAAUUUGAUUUUUCAGGCAUGUAAAGGUGUUUCUUAGCUCCAUUCUUGCCAAGUUUGAAGGAAAUCACUUCGGCAGUUUUUUCGUUAAGUGUUGAUGAAACCUCGGUACCGUAGCUUUAUAUAUUAAAAAUACCAAAACAAGUGAAACCUCUCCCCAUGUUUGUGAGGGUUGAGGUUGAUGAGACCUCUCCGCCGAUCACCAUGAGAAAUUUGCAGCUCACAGUACAAGAUUUAAUUUCACGACUCUUCCAGCACUUUUGUCCUCUUUGAACUUUUGUGGACGUCGAUUAAGUUCUUAGUUGAUUAAUUGUUGCGAUGUUAAUGGCUCCGAAAGCAUCACCUGUUGCAUCUUCGCUUCAUUAAAUUUCGAUUCGUCUCGUUAAGACCUCUAGCAGGGCGUCAUCGCAGAAAAUAAGAAUAAAAACGUACUUUUUACCCAUAAUUUUUGUCAGUGCAGCGAAGAAUUCCAAAAUUUCCCCGACUCGUAUUUUCGUGAUUCUCCUCGCGAAGAGAUACAUAUAUACAAUUCCGUAUUUAUGCUUGUCACGUGUAGAAAUUUCCGAUUUUAAAAGGUUGUUUACAAAAUUUGCGAGUGUUAUAUUUGUCAAGGUCUCUCGUUCAAUGAUCCCUCAGAAAAAGAUAGUUUUACUCCAAGGUUCAAAACUAUUUUUCGCACCAGAAUCUCAUAUUUGCGUGUCGUAUUUGAGUUCCAAAAUUUCGAUUUAUGACUUUGAAUCGCAAAUUCUCGAAUUCCUGAUGGAUUAAUCAAGAGCCGUAUUAGUCUCAGUGAGAAACAACGCAUCUAAUAUUGAUUUUCCUAUGUUGAUGGAUCUUUUUUCUUUUUUUUAAAAAAAAAAAUACGUCUAUGCACUCGGUUUGUUUCUGAUAAAACCAGCCCGGAGGAUCAUCCGACAGGAAUUUCGCGGGACCUUACAUUGACCACGUUUUACAGAAA